ACGGUAUCACCGGAUACGGCCCAGUACUCUCUUUCUCCUCGCCCCUCCCCAAACGCCGACGCGUUCGGCCAGAUCGACGGCCACCCCCAAAUUUCUCGCUUCCUCUCGGCGCCCGGCAGAUCCUCGCGGACGGCGGCUCUCUUCGUCGGCGGCGCACUCUAAUCGACGAGCUCCUCCCUUAGCCAUGUCUACUGUCAAGGGGCAGACCAGGAGAGAGAGGCCUAGGGCUCGUGCUCAUGGCCUCACGCAACAGAAGAGGCAGGAAAUAAAGGAAGCGUUUGAUCUUUUUGACACGGAUAACUCUGGAACCAUCGACGCCAAAGAGUUGAAUGUUGCCAUGAGAGCCUUGGGAUUUGAGAUGACCGAAGAGCAAAUCAACCAGAUGAUUGCUGAUGUAGACAAAGAUGGCAGUGGGUCGAUAGAUUAUGAGGAGUUUGAGCACAUGAUGACUGCCAAGAUUGGAGAGAGAGAUACUAAAGAAGAGCUUACAAAAGCAUUCCGUAUUAUUGACCAAGAUAAAAAUGGAAAGAUUUCCGAUGUGGAUAUUCAGCGGAUUGCCAAAGAGUUGGGUGAAAAUUUCACUCUCCAAGAGAUUCAAGAAAUGGUUCACGAGGCAGAUCAAAAUGGCGACGGAGAGAUAGAUUUCGGUGAGUUUGCUAGGAUGAUGAAAAGGACCAGCUAUGGUUACUAGACGGGUGUUACCACCCGCGAGCGUCUGAUGGUGUGUAGCGGUUCAAUAACCACCGGGAAGCUUGCUUAAUGUAUGUACUGCUGUAUUAACAAACCUGUUGAACUCUGUCUACUUAAAGACAUGGUAACAUGUUUCUUGACUCGUUGUAUCCGAUCUUCAUCAUCUGUCCCAUCUCCUCUAUACCCCUCGGAUUGGAAGCAAAGUGAGGUGUUGAGCCAAGUUUUUAAA